AUGCUCACUCGUGCUAAAGCUAUACUGGGGCUUGCACCUGCUGCUCCUGUGGCAAGCAAGCCUAAAGUUGUCAAUCUUGCUGAUACCGCUGAUACCACCGAAACCACACCAACCCCCAAACUUCCCAUCGAGGAGAUUUUUAGAUUUCCCGUGGUGGCACAUAGCUUCGAUUUGACGAGGAUCAUGCUGCACAUGACUAUCGCAACACUAUUUUACAUGCGCGGCUUGUUACCAGACAUGGUCUUUAGUGAGCGAAACCUUCGGGGAGCAUCAUUCGAAAAGGGCUACAUCUAUUCCCAAAUAAUCAACGGGAAAGGCGUCGGGAAAUCCAGAUCCCACAGAGCGGACUAUGUCCCCACGAGGAUAAUCGAGAAAAACUUGAAUGACACGGCAGAUCACUUUCUCAAGCUCCUUGAAGGAGGAAUUUUCGAAGCAAUCCGACAAGGAAACCUCCACGCUGUGCAAUUUACGAUCUUCGACAACCCAGAUGUACCAGAGAACGUCCUAGAGUCGUAUACAUUCACCUUUGACUACUCCGGCAAUCGCGGCCCAGCCGAUCGCAGACAUGUGUACACGAAGAUUGAUAUUUUGGAUAUAGCAGGAGACAAGGACGCGUGGCGUGAUGUGAUUAGAACUGGGAUGAAUUCGUAUGAGAUAUCCGGCUUCGCUCGCGCCGAUGACGAUACUAUUGGAUACCCAAGUGCUGGGGAUUGGAGAAAAGUGUCGCGGUUCUGCGGGACACUUGAUAGUGGAUUCCAUACUGCCGGAGUGCGAUUGACCCAUCUCGCCCCCCGCAUCAUUGACCUGAAGUCACCCAUUGAAUUGCUAGAAGAGAGGUACAAUGACAACGUGCUCCGCGUUAGUGAGACUGGAAUCAAGGAGGCUCAGAUACCGAUGAUGCGGGAGGUGUAUUUCUCCACGGAUGAAAGCACUUGUAGUGAAAGCUCUCCCACCGACCCAUCUCUGGUCAGAUAUCUACCUCUAGAGGAAGACGGCAAUGAAGAUGACCAGGGCCCUGUAGAGUGGACCUAUUACAACAUCACCCAGCGGCUGCGUACCAUGGAGAAAUUGAGACAUAAUCACAAGAGAGGACGUCCGAAAAUACUCGCAAAUGACAAGCCUGAACUCCUAACUACCGAGGCCCAAGCCAAGUCUGCUCAACGCAGAGCUCACAGAAGGGCGAUUCACCUGGUGGAGAGUAUUAACAACGAAGAAAUUGAGCUACCAGAUGUAAGAUCCAGUACUUUGAGGAACUCACAAACGCCCGAGCCCGGACAACCCACGGACCGUAUUUCGACUCGCAGGGCUGAGGGCCAGCGGGCUUUAGAAGAGAUUCGUGAGAUGCAGAAAUCGGGACUACAACCUACUGUCCGCGCGAUGACAGUGCACUAUAUCGAUAAUCGAGCAGUACCGGUUGACAGUUCCCCGAUCAGAAUAAUAACGGGGAAAGUUCCUCGCAUGACAUCGUUAAUCAGAUCGAUGCUUGUCGGUAUCAAAUGUGCUAGCUGCAGGUUCACCCAGCACGCCGAGUGCUAUGGAUACCGACACAGGAAAGACAACCGGCUUCCCAAGAUUCACUACUGCUACAGCUGCUUGAUCGGCUAUGACUUUGACAGUGAAUUAAUGGAAAAGUUAAAAAGCUCAUCAGAAUGCGAAGAGCAGUCAAAACGAUCCUCUUCGAGGGUAUCCCCCCAUCGAAUGCAAUUCUGGCCGCUCAUCUCGACUGCACCAGGGACGAAGCCCGGCAAUGAUCCCAAGUUCACUUUCGCUACCAAAGGACCAAGCAUACCGACACUGGCCAGUGAGGUGCUAGAUCCGAUGUUGCUUAUCCGCCAAUAUUAUGAUAUCCCGGUCCUCGUGCCUCUUUCACUUUUGGGUGCGAAUUUCCCUGGUUGCAUUAUUACAAAGUACCCGCCUGGGAUGGAGGAUAUUACUACAACUGUGUCUGCGCCAAGUAAGAGGCGGAAGAAGGGGGUUAUCUUUCACAAGGCUUAUGAUGGUGAACACGCAGCGGACUCGAGGCGAAAGUCUAAAAAGCCUAAAAACUCUAAAAACUCUGCAAAGUCUACGAAGGCACAGAGAAAGAAGAAUUGA